CGUUCUCUCUAGUUUACUCCCACAUCUCAGCGAAAUCUCCUGCAAUUUGAAAUUCUCGCGAAACAGCGAUCUACAGCUUCCUCCAAUCCAAUCCAAUCCAAUCCAAUCCAACAAUGGAGAAUCCGAAGGUUCAGGAGAUCCUGGAGAAGCAGGUGCUGACAGUGGCGAAAGCCGUCGAGGACAAGAUCGACGAGGAGAUUGCGGCGCUCGAUCGCCUUGACCUUGACGAUCUGGAGGCUCUCCGGGAGCGGAGGCUGCAGCAGAUGAAGAAAAUGGCAGAGAAGCGUAGCCGUUGGAUCGCCCUCGGCCACGGGGAGUACUCCGAGAUCGGCUCCGAGAAGGAUUUCUUCUCCGUCGUUAAGGCUAGCGACCGCGUUGUUUGUCAUUUCUAUCGUGAGAAUUGGCCCUGCAAGGUGAUGGACAAACAUAUGAGCAUAUUGGCAAAGCAGCACAUAGAGACACGGUUUGUAAAGCUCCAUGCUGAGAAAAGUCCUUUCUUGGCUGAGAGGCUCAAAAUAAUUGUUCUUCCAACCCUUGCCCUUAUAAAGAAUGCUAAAGUGGAUGAUUAUGUGGUAGGAUUUGAUGAGCUUGGUGGGACAGAUGAGUUCAGCACGGAGGAAUUGGAGGAGAGGUUAGCUAAAGCACAAGUAAUCUUUUUCGAGGGUGAAUCGUCUGCAAAUGCAUCGAAGUCUGGUAAACAAACCAGGAGCGUCCGGCAAAGCACCAACAAUGACUCAUCAGAUUCUGACUGAAUUGACCUUCGUUUUUGUAAUCCAUUUGUUGUUUGGUUAUUGUCUGUCGUCUCUACAUCUUAAGUUAGAACUCCGGGUAUCUCCAGCCUCCAAGUGGCCAUAUUCGCUCAGGCUUGUACUUUAAAUGCAAUUUUGUUGUCAUUAUUUGUGAAAUCUAUGUUUUGUUAAUGAAAAUUGAAAAUGUUA